AUAAAAAUCAAACAGCACAGAAGUUUGUUUACGUCAAAAAAACAAUGUGAUUGGUUUUUAUUGUGAAAUUUGUAUAAAAAUGAAGUUUAAUUUAGUUUUUAUUUUAUUAAUGUUACAUAAUGCGUUCGCUCUAUUGCACGAAACCUCCAAAAUUACGGAGGAUAUAAUACCUCACCAUCAUAAGUGUCAACCUAUAACAGUGCCAUUUUGUCAGCAUUUACCAUACAAUGAGACUAUAAUGCCAAAUAUUUUGGGACAUCAAUUCCAGGAAGAAGCUGGUUUAGAAGUACAUCAGUAUUUUCCAUUAGUUAAGAUAAACUGCAGCAAAGAUUUACAGUUUUUUUUAUGUUCUGUAUUUUUACCUGUGUGCACAAUUUUAGAAGACCCACUACCACCAUGCAGAUCUUUAUGUCUAUCAGCAAAAAUGGGAUGUGAGAGCCUAAUGAAAAAAUUUGGCUUUGCUUGGCCAGACAGUUUAAACUGUGACCAUUUCCCUGAUAAUAUAGCAACUUUAUGUGUUGGACAAAAUAAUUUAACAGUUUCACCAACUGUGCCUUCUACUGGAUAUAAUAUAAACCCUCCCAUUCAAAAAUACAAAAACCCUUAUGGAAGAGAUUAUGGAUUUGUAUGCCCAGAGCAAUUUAAAGUACCAGACGUUUUGGAAUACUCAUUUAAAGUUGGUGAGAAAAUUGAAAAAAAUUGUGGAGCACCCUGUAACUUAAUGUUUUUUAAUGAACAUAAACAGCAAAUAUCUAGGGUUUGGAUUGGAAUGUGGGCUUUUUUGUGUGCAACUAGUUGUUUGUUUACAGUUUGUACAUAUUUAAUAGACACUGAAAGAUUUCGAUAUCCAGAAAGGCCCAUAAUAUUUUUAUCUGUAUGUUAUCUUAUGGUUGCCAUGGCAUAUAUAAUUGGCUUUUUAACUGGUGAUUCAAUAUCAUGCCAGAAACCUUUUCCUUCCAAACCUGGAACUAUCACUGUUAGCACCAUUACACAAGGCACAAAAUAUGAAUUAUGUACAAUCAUUUUUAUGAUAUUAUACUACUUUAGUAUGGCAUCAAGCAUUUGGUGGGUUAUUCUGACUUUAACAUGGUUCUUAGCAGCAGGAUUAAAGUGGGGACAUGAAGCUAUAGAGGCAAAUUCUCAGUAUUUUCACCUAGCAGCUUGGGCUAUUCCAGCAAUAAAGACAAUAACAAUUUUAGCCAUGGGAAAAGUUGAUGGAGACAUUCUUAGUGGAGUUUGUUACGUUGGGAUAUGGAAUGUGAAAGCUAUGCGUAUUUUUGUUCUUAUUCCGCUGUGUGUUUAUUUAAUAUUUGGAACAAUUUUUUUGGCAUCAGGAUUUGUGUCUUUAUAUAGAAUUAGAACUGUAAUGAAACAUGAUGGAACAAAAACUGAUAAACUUGAAAAAUUAAUGAUUCGAAUAGUGAUAUUUUCUGUUCUUUACACUCUUCCUGCUUUAGUUGUAAUAUUUUGUCUUUUAUAUGAAAAUAUUUACUUUGAUGAAUGGAUGAUUACUUGGUUAGGAGAAAUUUGUAAAAAUACAAAAUAUUCUAUUCCGUGUCCAAAGAAUAAUUAUAUAAAAGCGUAUCCACGUUUUGAGGUAUUUAUGAUUAAAUAUCUCAUGACAAUGAUAGUCGGAAUCACCUCUAGUGUGUGGAUAUGGUCUGGAAAAACCGUCCAUAGCUGGACCUUUUUUUUCAGUAAACUUAGAGGACGCCAUACAGAAGCCUAUGUUUAAGUUGUUUUAGACUAAACUUUUGUGUUUAAACAUUGACAGUAUAUUCUGUAUAAAGACGUGUGUCAAAAAUGUUUGUCACAGCCGUAAAU